CUGUUUAUCUGUGGCGGUAAUGUAAUAGUUUAACCACGACAGCUUAUCUAACUGACUUUAGCAAUGCUACAUUUAACACUGUUGCUAAUUACCUUUGAAAAUGGCUAAGAUUGCAGAGCUAACAGACUGCUGAGCUGACCUCGUAACAACGUUGGCCCGUGCCAAAUGGUAAUUCGCUUCAUGGUCACGUUCAUCGACAUCAUCUAAGGAAAGACAGGAUCCUUUAGCAGUCUAGCUCAGUUAUCUGUUUAUUUAACCCUAGUCACAUUUACCAGGGUCAGUUUCUCAGGCACAGAUUAAGCAUAGUCCGGACUGCAAACGCUCAUUAAGUGCUCUGAGCAGACGUUAAAAUCCUGGGACUGGUAACGGGAGAACAAAGAGAAAGUAAAUUAUGGAGUAGAGAUGAGGUGAAUGGUGGGGUCUGCAGUCUGUUGUGUGAUUGACCGAAGUGUCAGUUUCCAGCUGGUGGUGACCGGGUGCUGUCCGUCCUCUUGCUGAAGAUGAAAAUUUUAAAUUCUGAUGAACUGCGGAUUGCAGAAGUCAUUCUACGAUCACACUUACCGACAUGUUUAAAGAUCUAUGGAUUCCUGUACGGCAUCAACAGAAAUAAACCAAGCACACUGGAAGUAGUUGUGGACAGCUGGCCUGAUUUUAAUGUUAUUAUUUGCAGACCAGAUACAAAGAACAAACGUGUGGCCGAGUUCAUGAAAAGGGUGUCUUUCUUCUGCAUGGACGAAGAGACCUUUAAAAAAAUGGUGACGGAAGAAAGUGCCAUUGACUGGAGCACAUACUUCCUCAUUGGGGGGGUGGACAACAGGCAUGAGCCCAUGUUGAAGGAAGUGUCCUCAUCUCGAGGGGUCAAUAUGAAGGGCUUUACGCUGGAGCAUCUUAUGACCUUACCAGACCCCAGUGUCCUGCCCAAACUCGACAGUGACACCGAAUCAAAGGUGUCCCCUCUGAACGGUUCCCACAUUGACCUUUUGAACAAAAACUGGAAGUUUGGUGGAGGCAGUCUGGGCUACAGGACCAUUAAACACCUCAUCACUCACUACCCAACGGGCUGCAUCACAGACGACCAGGGCCAACCUGUGUGCUGGAUACUCCUGUAUGACUACCAUGCCAUGGGUAUGUUGUACACUCUGCCAGAGCACAGAGGAAAGGGUCUGGCCAGAGCCCUGGUCAACAGCAUGUCCAGGAGGCUCUAUGCUGAGGGUUUCCUAGUAUACUGCUUCAUAGAAGAGGGGAACACAAUGUCCCACAGCCUCUUCACCAGUCUGGGCUUUACUGAGGACCCUCAAUACAGGGCUGCAUGGUACCAAAUCAAUUAUAAGUCAGAGGGUGAAAAUGUCAAUUUUACAAUUUAAAUUGUCAAAUUUAAGUUUUGCGAGGACCAGAAAACUGCAUGUUUUUCCACUGGUCAUUAAACAUUCCUAUGAGAUACACUUUUAAAUAGAGCAAUUAUAUGGCAGCAUUAUACUGUGUUAUGAAGCAUUUUUGCAUUUCGUAGUUAUAGUAAUUUAGCCAACUGAUAAGUGAUGUUUGAUUAAGAAAUCUGUUGUUGUAUGUUGAGGCUUGUGGAGGAUAUAUAUGAAAAUAGGCACCCAUGAAUUACUUUAUUUUCAUCUUGAUUUAUCUAUUAAUUUAAUUAUGAACACCAAUAAGCGUUUGAAAGAAUUGGAUUUUGUUUGAUUAAACUUGCUUAAUUGCUAUCCAAAAUACAUUGUAGUAAAUGGACUGUGUUAUAUUAGGCCUGAAUUUGCUUUACAUUUUACAUGGAAUCAAAGACCCUGGUCAGCAAGCCCUGUACCUAGACGUGAUUGUGUCCACAACACAAGGUGCCCGACCUCAAACUAUCUUAUCUAUGGCACAGCCACAGAUGACUCUAAGGUGAAGUUGCUAAUGUCUUUUGUUCCUUCCAUUUGGGGCAGAACAGAAACAAGUGGUAACUCAGAUCAGGAAGUCUGUUAACUUUGACCUAGAACCAUGGUUGCCUUGACAACAUAUCAUUUUAUUUCAUGUUUGUGUGAACUGACAGUGGAGGAUAUCAAAAGGUAAAAGCAACAAUGAACCACUUGUUUUCUGUGCUGAAUAAAACUGAAAUAAUCAACGGCUA